AUGCCGGCUUUCUCGGCGGAUGCAAUCUGCAAGAUGUAUUCGCUGUUUCGCGUCGGCGUCUCUCCUAUGGCUUCCCAUCUUUCGGCACCCGGCAAGAAUGGACGGACGAGUAAAAGCCAACAAGAAACGCUAUCGAGACUGCGAAGAGCUGGAGAUGAUGGCUUCUCGCGCGAUCUACGGAAGCCCGUACGGAUUAAGAAAGUAUUCAUUUUAUACCCAUUAGACGAUGGCGAGGCAAAUUUUACAAAUAUAUUUAUUCCUUUUGCUUCCAUCUUCGUUGUUUAUUUUCUUUCUUUCUUUUUUUUCUUUCUUUUCUUUCUUUCUUUCUUUCUUUCUUUCUUUCUUUCUUUCUUUUCUUUUCUUUCUUUUUUUCCCUUUGUAUCUUUGUCUUUGCUUUUUUCUUCCUUUUACUUCAAUCUUGAUCGUUUACUUCUUUCUUUCUUUCUUUCUUUCUUUCUUUCUUUCUUUCUUUCUUUCUUCUUUCUUUCUUUCUUUCUUUCUUUCUUUCUUUCUUUUCCAUUUAUAUGUUAUCUUAAUGUUUAUUUCUUUUCCCUCACUAUAUUGAUCUUUCUUUCUUUCUUUCUUUCUUUCUUUCUUUCUUUCUUUUCCCUUUUCUUGAUCAGCUUACUUCUUUCUUUCUUUUUCUUUCUUUUUCUUUUCUUUUCCCUUUAUAUCUUGUUUGUUUCUUUUUUUUUUCUUUACCUUCUCUCUCUUUUGUAUCUUGGUCUUUGCUUCUUCUCUUCUCUUCCUUUCUUAUUCUCCCUCUCUAUAUUGAACUUACUUUCUUUCUUUCUUUCUUUCUUUUUUUUUUUUUCUUUCUUUCUUUCUUUUCCCUUUGUAUCUUGGUCUCUGCUUUUUCUUCCUUUUGCUUCACUCUUGAUCGUCUACUUCUUUUUUCUUUCUUUCUUUCUUUCUUUCUUUCUUUCUUUCUUUUUCCCUUUAUAUCUUAUUGUUUGUUGCUUUUUUCUUUCUUUACUCUCUUUCUCUCUCUUGAUCUUUCUUUCUCUUUGUAUUUUGGUUUUUGCUUCUUCUCUUCCUUUCUUAUUCUUUGUUUCUUUCUUUGUGUCUUUCUUCUCCUCUCUAUAUUGA